AGAGAGAGAGAGAGAGGAGAGGAGAGGAAAGGAGAGCAGCAGAUUUAAUAGAGAGAGAAGAACACAAGAGUAGUAGAUAGAACAGCCAUGGAGAAGAACGAGAAAGUUGUUAUAGACGAUAUUGAGCCAGCGAAGCUCAAUUACAGAGGAGUUAAAGCCAUGCCUUUCAUAAUAGGAAACGAGACAUUCGAGAAACUGGGAACCAUCGGAACCUCUUCUAAUCUUACAGUCUAUCUAACCACCGUCUUUAAUUUGAACAAAGUAUCAGCUGCAACCCUUGUAAAUAUCUUCAAUGGCAGUACCAAUUUAGCUCCUCUCGUCGGGGCUUUCCUCUCCGAUGCUUACUUUGGACGCUACAAGACCUUGGGUUUCGCUUGCGUCUCUUCCCUCACGGGAAUGUUUCUUAUAAUGCUGACGGCGGCAAUCUCCACACUACACCCUCCACACUGCGGAGCUGAGGCCUCCGGAGCCUGUGUCGGACCGACGCCAUGGCAACUCAUGUUCUUGAUCGUUGGAUUUGGGUUCUUAGUGGUCGGAGCCGGUGGUAUCCGGCCGUGCAACCUGGCUUUUGGGGCGGACCAGUUCAAUCCAGAGACGGAGUCGGGGAAGAAAGGAAUUAAUAGCUUCUUCAAUUGGUACUACUUCACCUUCACCUUUGCGAUGAUGAUAUCUUUGACGGCCAUAGUGUAUGUGCAGUCUAAGAACUGGCCAGUGGGCUUUGCCAUACCAACUUGCCUUAUGUUCUUAUCCGUUGCACUCUACUUCAUGGGUUCGAGAAUUUAUGUGAAGAUUAGACCUCAAGGGAGCCCUGUGACGGGCGUGAUUCGAGUUUUAGUUGCUGCAGGCAAGAAGCGAAGCUUGAAGAUACCACAAAAUCCUCAACUCUCUCUCUUCAAUCACAUUCUUCCUAAUUCCAUCAAUACCAGACUGCCUUUCACCGAUCAGUUCAGGUUCCUUGACAAGGCCGCAAUAAGAACCCCUGAAGACCGAGUCAACCCAGACGGUUCAGCUGCAGACCCAUGGAGGCUUUCCCCUAUACAGCAAGUGGAGGAGGUGAAAUGCCUAAUGAGAGUGAUUCCAGUAUGGGCUUCUGGCAUUAUCUACUACAUGCCUAUGGUCCAGCAGCAAACCUACGCAGUCUUCCAAGCCGUUCAAUCUGACAGAAGCCUGGGUGGUCAUCACUUCCAAGUCCCCGCAGGAUCCUACGUGGUCUUCAUGUUUCUCGCCCUCACCGUCUGGAUUCCAAUCUACGACCGUAUAUUAGUUCCUUCCCUACGCCGUAUCACAGGGAAAGAAGGUGGUAUUACGCAACUCCAAAGGAUGGGCGUAGGGAUUAUCUGCUCUAUACUGUCAAUGCUUGUGGCCGGUUUGGUGGAAGAGAGGAGAAGACAUUUAGCCCUCACCAGCCCAUUACCAGCGUCGGCGGCAGCACGAGGCGGUGCCGUUUCGUCGAUGUCGGCCUUCUGGUUGGUACCUCAACUGGUACUAGCAGGGCUGGCUGAGGCAUUCAACUCAAUUGGCCAGAUUGAGUUCUACUAUAAACAGUUCCCGGAGAAUAUGAGGAGCAUUGCUGGGUCCUUCUUCUUCUGUAGCUUGGCAUGUUCUAGUUAUCUCUCCACUUUCUUGAUAUCGGUGGUUCAUCGCACUACAGCAAAAGCUUCAACUGGGAAUUGGUUGCCGGAGGAUCUCAAUAAGGGUAGAUUGGAUUACUUUUAUUUCAUGAUUGCUAUUAUGGGUACCUUGAAUUUUGGUUACUUUCUACUUUGCUCUACAUGGUACAGAUACAAGGGUACUUAUGGAAGUGAAAUCACCAACUUUGAUCUUGAGAUGAUCAAUGGAACUAAAGAAUCAACAGAAAAGCAUGUUGUGUGAUGUAUGGAAUCACAUCUCACAAUAGAUGUUUAUGAUUUGAUACAGACAGGCCCACAAAGCCAUAUGGUACAAAUUGCAAACAUAUGGUGUUCAACGAUUGGAAGACCUCAUAUUCUUUGUUUUCCUUUCCUUGAUAGAAAGAAAAUGAUGUUUGGGGGAGAGAUUAUUGACUACCAAAGCAUAUUUGUGUUUGUUUCAAGGGUUGGGAAGUCAUAAAGGAAAAGCUAGAAAGAGGUUGAGAGGGAAUAUUAUAAGCCAUAAGUAAUGCUUAGUAGUUCAUCUGUCAUCCAUAAAUGAGAAGGGAAAUAGAAGUUAAUACCAUAAGUAAUGUAUGCUUAGUGGUUCAUCUGUAAUCCAUAAAUGAGAAGGGAAAUAGAAGUUUAUAUUUUUUUUCUGCUAA